GUAACACGUAGCACUCGUUGGUAAACCAUUCCAAACUUAAAUGUACAUACACUAGUCGAAAAAUAAAUAAAAAUAUACCACAUUGCCGAGGAUUGUCCAAGUCAGAAUGCUGGUGGCCAAUAAGCUGCUUAGAACUAAGAACCAGGAGCCGCUCCAGGACAAGAAGCCCAGAGUGAAGGCCAAGCCAAAGGGAAAGGGCAAGGCCAAGAGCAAUGGCAAGAACAGGAACAGGAUCAGGGACUCCGAAACGAGCACCUCGUUGGCACUGGAGCGGGGCAGCGGGGAUGGACCGCAUCAGGCGGUGCAGCCCAGUCUGGUGGCGCUGCACUUCAUGGACAUCUCGCUGCGCCACGCGGAUGUCCAGCUGCUCCAGUCCGCUCACGAGGGCAUCAACGAGCGGCUGGUGGCCUUCUACUACGCCUACCUCCAGCACCGCCGGUACCGCUCCGAGUCGGAUCUGCACUUCCUGAAUCCUGCCCUGGCCGCCCGACUGCGCCACAUGAGCAUGCGGCAGCUGUGGGCCAUGGUGCGCGAGCGCCGCCUCAACGAGAAACAGUUCAUCUUGGUGCCGCUCUCCACCCACCCGAGACCCCACGGACACUGGUCUCUACUGGUGGUUUCGCGGCCGGACAGCAAGGUCUACCACUACGAUUCGUUGGACAACUGCCACUCGCUGUUGGCCGCCUCGGUGUCGGAAACUCUACGAGCGCCCCUCGAAGCCUGGAAGUUCGCCCUGGUCACGGGUCGCUGCCUCCAGCAGGAGCGCCAAGCUGCUGGCAAGGAUGGCGCCAGUCGCGACCCCGCCUCCGGCAUCCACCUGAUGUGCAUGACCGAUCACGUGGCGGACUAUGUGGCCCGGUGUGGAUACGCCACCAGUUCGCUGCUCAUCGCCGUGGACCAAAUCGCAGCAAUGCGCACCCACCUGCUGGAGCUGAUCCUGUCGCUCGGCGGCAACCUGCCCUCCAAGAGGGGCCACUAAAAGGGGCCUCCAAGAGGGGAGCCUCUCCAAGCCCACGUGGCCCCACGUUCGUUUGCUUUCCAUUUGUUGACGACGCAUAGGAAAAUCAACAAAAAUAUCGAAAAAUAAACCAAUGCAAACAAA